UUCUGCCUCCUGGGGGUACUGCUGGCCCCCAUCCGAGUGCUUCUGGCCUUUAUCAUCCUUUUUCUCCUCUGGCCCUUUGCCUGGCUACAAGUAGCAGGUCUUACUGAGGAGCAGCUUCAGGAACCAGUUACAGGAUGGAGGAAGACUGUGUGCCACAAUGGGGUGCUGGGCCUGAGCCGCCUGCUCUUUUUCUUCCUGGGCUUCCUCCGGAUCCGGGUUCGGGGCCAACGGGCCUCUCGCCUUCAGGCCCCUGUCCUUGUUGCUGCCCCCCACUCUACUUUCUUUGACCCCAUUGUGCUGCUGCCCUGUGACCUGCCUAAGGUUGUCUCCCGAGCCGAGAACCUUUCUGUGCCCGUCAUUGGAGCCCUUCUUCGGUUCAACCAAGCCAUCCUGGUGUCCCGGCAUGACCCAGCUUCCCGUCGCAGAGUGGUGGAAGAGGUCCGAAGGCGGGCCACCUCAGGAGGCAAGUGGCCCCAGGUGCUGUUCUUUCCUGAAGGCACCUGUUCUAACAAGAAGGCUCUGCUGAAGUUCAAACCAGGAGCCUUCAUUGCAGGGGUACCUGUACAGCCUGUCCUUAUCCGCUACCCUAAUAGUCUGGACACCACCAGCUGGGCCUGGAGGGGCCCUGGAGUGCUCAAAGUGCUCUGGCUCACGGCGUCACAGCCCUGCAGCAUCGUGGAUGUGGAGUUCCUCCCUGUGUAUCAGCCCAGCCCUGAGGAGAGCAGGGACCCCACCCUGUAUGCCAACAAUGUCCAGCAGGUCAUGGCACAGGCCUUGGGCAUUCCAGCCACUGAAUGUGAGUUUGUAGGGAGCCUGCCUGUCAUUGUGGUUGGCCGGCUGAAGGUAGCUUUGGAGCCGCAGCUCUGGGAACUGGGAAAGGUGCUUCGGAAGGCUGGGUUGUCCCCUGGCUGUGUGGACACUGGGGCAGAACCAGGCCGGAGUCGAAUGAUCAGCCAGGAGGAGUUUGCUAGGCAGCUACAGCUCUUGGACCCUCAGACAGUGGCUGGUGCCUUCAGCUACUUCCAGCAGGAUGCCAGUGGUUUGGUGGACUUCCGAGAUGUGGCGCUUGCUCUAGCAGCUUUGGAUGGAGGCAGGAGCCUGGAGGAUCUGACCCACCUGGCCUUUGAGCUCUUUGCUGAAGAGCAGGCAGAGGGACCUGGCCGUCUGCUGUACCAAGAUGGCUUCAGCACCAUCCUGCACCUGCUGCUGGGUUCACCCCGCCCUGCUGCCAUGACUUUGCAUGCUGAGCUGUGCCAGGCAGGACCCGGCCAUGGCCUCUCCCUCUGUCAGUUCCAGAACUUCUCCCUCCAUGACCCGCUCUAUGGGAAGCUCUUCAGCACCUACCUGCGCCCCCCACACAGUCCUCGAGGCACCGCCCAGGUACCAGAUGGCUCAUCCCCACGCAGCCGCACUGCUCUGGGCAACGGCACCGUGCAGGCACCCAAGCAGAAGGGCGACUGAGCACCUCAGCCUCCCGCUCCUUCCUCCUCAGCUCGAAUCCAGCCCCGCAACUCAGGGCAGCGCCAGGAGCCUACCCUAUGCCUCAAGCCCAUUUCUGCUCCUGUUUGGUUUUUGUUAUCAUUGUUUGUUUUUUUAAGUUGAUUCUUAUUUUUUGUUUGGUUGGGCUUUUU